AUGGAGAAUUAUCUAGUUGAAAUACCACUAUCAAAUAGAGCAAGACGUGAAAUGAAGAGGGAAAAGUCCCCUCUUUCAAAUGAAAGAUUAGAUGGAAUGUUUGGUGCAUUCUUUGCAGACAAGCAUGACUUUGAUACUAAUCCCAAUGGGUUUAUGAACUUUUGUAUUGCAGAGAAUACAUUAUGCUAUGACUUGCUAAGAGGUAAAUUAGAGUGCGACCCUAAUAUCAAACAAUCUCUAACACAAUACAGCGAGUUUGGUGGUAUCAAUACAUUUAGACAAGCAAUUGCUAAUCUAUUAGAACAUAAAAUAUUCCGUUGUGAAAGUGGAGAUGUUGACCCUAAACAAAUUAUAGUUGGAUCUGGAUGCACCAGUUUAUUAGAGGCAUUAUUCUAUGGAUUAUGUGAUUCUGGUGACUCGAUUAUUAUCCCUUCACCAAUGUAUCCAUCUUUUGUUCAUGAUGCAAGAAUGAGAGCAAAUGUAAAGAUUGAACCUGCUUCAAUGACUAUUGAUGACGGGUUGGGAAAUAUAAGAUUUGCUUUGAGAAUGGAUAAAUUUGAUGAAGCUUGGAAAAAGGUGGAAGCUGAAGGAGGUAAAGUCAAGGCUGUUUUAUUGUGUAACCCAAAUAAUCCAACUGGCCAAUUGUUUUCAAGCGAUGAAUUGUUGGAAUUGAUUGAAUGGUGUCGUGUACGUCAGAUUCAUCUCAUCUCUGAUGAGAUUUAUGCACUCUCUACCUUUAGCACAUCCAACCAUUUUGUCAGUGCCUACAACGUUGUCAAUGGAAGAAUGGGUGAUAAUAUCCAUAUCAUAUCUGGAUUCUCAAAGGAUUUCUGUUUGAAUGGAUAUCGUGCCGGUUACAUCUACUCUCAAAACAAUAACCUUGUCAACUAUAUCAAACAAAUAUCUCCAUUCUUUACUUGCAGUAACGCCGUCCAAUCCAUUUUAACUAAUAUUCUAACAGAUAAACCAUUCCUAAGUUCAUUUAUUCAUAGUAAUCAAGCAAGAUUAAAAAGUGCAUAUACAAAAACCAUUUGUUAUUUAAAAGAAGCAGGAAUACCAUAUGUUGAAUCACAAGGUGGUAUGUUUUUAUUGCUUGAUAUGCGUUGUUGUAUGGCUGAAAUUACUUUUGAAGAGGAAAUGCGUGUUUGGGAUGCUUUGUAUGAUGCCAAAGUAUUGGUGAAUCCUGGAUGGACAUUUCAUAAUGAUCAUAGUUGGUUGGAAAUUCAAAAGGAUGUAGAUAAAAGAGGAAUCCUAACAUUUAUGGCAUUUACAAGUAUUUAUGAUAACAAGGCAAAUGUAUUGGAAGCAUUUAUUCAAAGUUUACAAGUAAAACCAAAAGAAAAUAGUAGAUCAUUAAUAUUGACCAAUAAUACUGUGGCAGAGAAAUCAUCAUCAAAAAAAGAAGUAGCACCAGAUUAUUUAAUUAUUUUUGAUGAUUUAUCAAAUGAAUUAAAAGAUCCAAGUAUUACCAAACUAAUGAAGAUUCAAAGACACUUUUCAACCAAGAUUAUUAUUAGUACUCAAUCAUGGACAGACUCUUCAUCACACAUUAGAAAAGAGAUUUAUUCAUUUUCAACCAAAGAGAAAUAUCAUUUUCUUUACACAAUUAGAAAUGGAGAUUAUAGAAAGGAUUUUAAUUUACAACUCGAAAUUAAAAUAUAG